AUGGCUCCUCCAACAAAGGCAGAAAAGAAGCCUGCAGAAAAGAAACCUGCAUCAGAGAAAUCACCAUCUGCGACCAUAGCGGUAGAGAAGAAGCCGAAGGUAGAAAAGAAGAUAACAAAAGAAGGAGGGAGCGACAAGAAGAAGAAGAGGGUGAAAAAGAGCGUUGAAACCUACAAGAUCUACAUAUUCAAGGUUUUGAAGCAGGUUCACCCUGACAUUGGGAUCUCGAGCAAAGCCAUGGGGAUCAUGAACAGCUUUAUCAAUGACAUCUUUGAGAAGCUCGCUCAAGAAGCUUCUAGAUUGGCUAGGUAUAACAAGAAACCAACGAUCACUUCUAGGGAGAUCCAAACUGCUGUACGGCUUGUCCUCCCUGGUGAGCUUGCGAAGCAUGCUGUCUCUGAAGGCACAAAAGCUGUUACAAAAUUCACCAGUUCUUGA